AAAAGAUAACAGAUCUGCAGCAGAUGUGGAGCGAACACAUGUCUCAAUCCCAUGGAAGCAACGACUCAUCUCUUCAGAGCAAUUCGCAGCCCAAUAGUCUCGAAGGCAAUACCGGUUCCAAUCAGUCAUCUCUGUCGGUGACGUCGAGUCCGAUGAAGAUGUUGGGGAAUGCCAUCAAACGCACCGACCAUUCGGCGGAAAUCAAUCGACUGAAGAACGAACUGAUGGGCGCUAAGCUCAGGGAAGCCGAAGCUGUGGCCGAACUCAAGGAAAUGAGACAAAAGCUGAUGGAAUUGGAGACACAGAAUCAGGUGUCCAUUAAUCAGAUCAGAAGACAGGCCGACGAGGCGAACAAAUUGAAGGACAGCUACGAAGAGUUGACUGAAAAAGAGAGGCAAACAGUGAGCGCAUUGAAUGCCGAGAAGAGACGGUAUGCGGAUCUCGACUUCCAGAUGAAAGAGCAACAGAUGAUGAAACGCAUCAAAGAGUUGGAACAAACGCAGACUGUGGCCGAACUCAAGCAGAAAAUCUCUUCACUCGAGGCUAAGAUCGAAGAACACCUAACGAUCAGUAAACUGAAGGAAAGCGGUUCCGAACCGGAGAAUCCACUCGAACUACAGGACCGGAUGGCAGAACUCCAGUCGGAGAUGUUUCGACUCGAAGUGACGAAUAAGAAGUUGAGUUCUUUGCAGAACGGAACGGGAGAUGACAUACACAUCAAUAGGAGAAUCCCCCAAACGUUUACAUCUAAUGGAGAAUAA